CUGAUAUUGUUAAAAUGAAAUCUUUGUUAAGACGUACUCUCAAACAAAAAUAUAGAAAAAAUCAACGUAUUAACCGUUUUAAUACAUUAAAAAAAUUACUCUCUGGACGUACAAAGAUUAUUAAUGUUCUUAAUGGGGUUUCAACUACAUCCACGAUAAAUACUGGGGGUAGUAAUAGUUAUACUAUGCAUCAGCAAAUAAGAAGAAUAUGUUUUCGUGAGCUUUCUGAUAUUAAACAUCUAGUAGGAGAUGAUUCUGAUAAUAGUUCAGAUAGCAAUUAUCAAGAAGGACCACCUGCUCGUCUGUCUAAAAAACAACGGCGUAAUUUAGCUGUUUUACAAAAUUCUCUUUCACCGGAAGUAGAAACUAUCACUUCUACUUUAGCAACAUUUUCUGAAGGAAUAGAUUUGUCUAAAAUUGCUUUGCCUAUGAGUAAUCAUUUUGAUCCAACUGAAGAUAUGUAUAGAGAAAUGUUGUUAUCUCAUAAGAGAAAACAGAAGAAAAUUGAACAAGAAAAAGAACAAAUAAGACUUGACCUAAUAAAAGAACAGAUAAAACCAGCUGUUUCAUUGGGAAAUGAGAAAAAGAGGUCAGCAACUAGCGAUCGGUCUCGAGUGAAACGAACAAAGUUGGAUGGAUUUGAUAAUAUUACAGUGAAACAAGAAUCAGUUGAAUCAGAACCAAUUAGUAUUCCAUUGAUUAAAAAAGAGACGGAAGAAGAAAUAGUACAAGAGAGGCAAAUUGAAGUUGAACCUAUCAGUUUAACGGCUGAUGAAAUACUUAUGGCAGAAGAAGGUCAGGCUGCUGCAGCGAUGUUGUUAGAGAUAAUGAGUGAUGUGGAAGAGAAGUAUAAUAAUUCGCCAUAAAUAUUGUCAUCACCUUCAUCUACACCUCCACCAUCUGAAAACAAUUUAGAGUCCAAGUA